AUUGUUAACCGCAUGAAGGCUAAUUUAAGAUUUAACAAAUAAAGCUCGCAUUACAAGUAUUAUGUGAGUUCCUCAGAAGAUCCUUAAAUGAGAUACAUUAAGUUCACAGAUUGAAAAUGGGAAUUCAAAUAACUAAAGUUAUUUUAAACUUGAUUUUGAAAUGAAUAUCAAAUAAUUUGAAACCAUUUAGCAUUGUAGACAAGACAUCCUGAUAGAAAAAUGGAUUAUUAAAGGAAAUCAAUAUAAGCCAUGGAGAAUCUUCUAGACGUUUGUCGCGUUUUGCUUGUUCUCAUUUCAGCGCACGUUGCAAGCGCUGGUCAGUGCUGCAAUGCUUACUACGACAUCACGUUCGACUACCACGACGCCAAGUGGUGCAGCUCCUACUGCUGCGGCACCUCUACGACCGGUGGGAUCUUCACAGCGUCCGUUGGGAUCCUCGAAUGUUGCGAUAACUUCCUUUUGGCAGCCAGUUCUAAAGACACCUCAGUGGUGUGUGUGGACUUCUUUGUACAAAACAUUUGGGUACCCAUCCUGAUCGGGAUUGGUGGACUUGUUGGCCUUGGUGUUGUGGUAGCCAUCUGUUUUCAGCAUGGCAAUCGAAGAGGUGCCGUUGUCCAGCCUUCACAACCACAGACCGGUUUGGUAAUGGUUGCCGGAGGUUACAAUCCCCAAUACCCACAAGGCCCAUAUGGUGCCCAGCAGUACCUUCCGGGCGCGAACCCACCCGGGAACCACGCGCCUGGCUACCCCCUUGGAGCAGCCUACCCGCCACCCGUGUACGGAGCAGGGGUCCAAAGUGCCAAUUUGCCUCAAAAAAGUGCUGGACACCCAAUGGUUGCAGACGAACCCUAACAUGUCGAUAUUAUGCAUAUCUUUAAAAAUGAUAUUUUCAUUGUAUUUUCAUACAAUAAAAAAUAUAAAGUCUCAAA